CCAAAUACGCAGAGGAAGGGAUGAAUAUGCAGCGUCAUGUUUAUCUAAAUGAACCUUCAAGUAGAUGUAGUACAGCGUAAAUUCAGGCCUCUAGUACACUUUCAGACGUGGUGAGUUAUCGCCUGAGAGUGAUCGACAGUUGACGAAAAUGACGAGAAAGAUCAUCGCACUAGCCGCACUUAUUUUUCUCGUGUCGAUUCUGCACUGCGGAAACGCCUCGCGAAUACUUUGCGUAUUUCCAUCAGCCUCGGUCAGUCAUCAGGUAGUUUUUCGCGGAUUGACCAUGGCCCUGAGGGAACGUGGCCACGAGCUCGUUGUCGUGACGACGAGUCCGGUGAGGGAUCCGAAUCUGAAGAACUACACUGAGAUAGACAUCAGUUUUCUUUACGAGCAGAAUUUCACAACGAAUUAUAUAGAGCUGCGACGAAACGCGCGCUGGAUUGAUUGGUUCUGGGACGUUUCACCGAUCCUACAUUUGUUCGGUGAAAAAAUCUUCGGACAUCCAGAAUUGAAGAAGAUUUAUGCACCGAAUAGCGGUGAAAAGUUUGACUUGAUGUUGAUGGAGACUCUUUAUUGGCCGACGUUUUUGGCUCUCGGUAAACGAUUCGACGUUCCCAUCAUUGGAAUCACGUCUUUGGGUCUUGCUCUGAACCUUCAAUACUCGGUCGGGAAUCCGGUACUGACUUCUCAUCAAUCGAACUGGGACCUUCCAAUAAAGGAAACGUCCGAUUCGCCGACGCUUUUAGAAAGGCUUAGGAACUUCUACGACGUAUGGAAGUACAUUUACUAUUACAACACGGAGUUCAUGCCUGCUCAGCAUUCCAUUGCAAAAAAAUAUUUGGGAAACGAGAUUCCAGAACUUGGUGAAAUCGAGAGGAACCUCAGUUUGAUUUUCACCAACCAACAGGAGCCGAUCUCGUAUCUUAGACCAACCGUACCCAACGUUAUUCAAAUUGGUAAUUUCCACGUGGCGAAGAAUAUCAAGCCUCUGCCGAAGGAUCUUCAGAAGACCCUUGACGAAGCCAAACAAGGAUUUAUAUACGUGAGCCUAGGAUCCAACGUGAAGAGCACCAUGCUGGACAGGAAAACACGCUCAGAGUUUAUCGCCGCGUUUUCCAAGCUUCCCUACACGGUAAUUUGGAAGUUCGAGGACGAUUUUCUUCCCGGCAAACCGGACAACGUAAUAAUAAUUAAGUGGGCCCCGCAGCAGGCGAUUCUAGCUCACCCAAACCUGAAAGUCUUCGUGUACCAAGGAGGACUUCAGAGCACAGAGGAAGCGAUUUCUCACGGCGUUCCUGUGAUCGGUUUCCCAGUGAUGGCCGAUCAAGACCUGAAUGUUAACAAAAUGGUGUCUCUUGGUGCCGGGAAGAAGCUGGAAAUCACUGACGUGAAAAAGGCCGAUUUGCUGGAAGCGAUACUGUCCGUCGCUGGGGAUAGCAGUUACAAGCAAAGGGUGCUAAACGUACGCGAUCUGCUGAAAGACAGGCCGUACGAUUCACUGAAGAAUGCAGUUUGGUGGACCGAGCACGUGAUACGAUACAAAGGUGCCCCUCAUCUCCAUUCUAGUACAGCCGACGACCCGUGGUACCAGCGUAGCGAUAUGGAUAUAAUCUUCUUAAUUGCUGCCGUAUUUGUAAUAUCUUUGAUGUCCGUUUCAGCUGUACUUUAUAAGUUCUUAUUUUACACUAUGAAUAUAUUCGUCAAUCAGCAAUUAGUACACAAAAAAGAAAAGCUUAAAUGACAAUACAUCUAUACUCAUUAUACGCGAAAAAAACUGUUUUUAUAAUUGUGUUUGCAAGUAUUUAUAUCCAACUGAUUCAUGGAAAAGCAAAUAA